GCUCAUUUUACAUUAUUUUAACAUCUACUCAAGCUACCAUCACCAUAGAACACCAUGUCUGGAUCGGGGGAUACCCACACGUAUAGUAAAGAAGCUUUUAGCACAGAGAAAUCCUGCAAAAAAAGUAAGAAUGGGGACUUGUUCAUUAAACCGUCUUAAAUUGCAUGAUUUUAGUGGUAUACUAUCUUUGUUUUAAACCCCAUUACAAAAUGGGAGAGUCACAAUAAAAUGUUUAUUACCGCUGUUUAACACAGAUACUUAUUAUUAUUAUCUACCAACCACUUCAGCAUCCAGCCGUGUUAGGGGCAAUGUAUAGAGUGUAUUAUAGCUAGUUAUGUCAGAGGUUGCUUUUUUCUUCUUAAUCUUUUUUAUUUUCUAAACAAAACAAAGAAAUAUUUAAAUAAAUAAUUCUGUUCCAGAUGCCCUCCCUUUUUGCUCCACCCUCCAAACUUGCAUGGUUUCCUUUCUGCUCCAAGAAUGUGCGUUAUGUUAUGAGUUGGGCAGUAAAUAAGAAAAAAAUGGUUGUUGGGUGUUAAUCCAAGACAGGGCCAGCCCGUCCAUAGGUUACAAUGGUCCAGGAAGCUUUUUGAUAGGGGCAGCAUUUUGCCGAUCCUGUACACUUUACCCAGCCUGCUUUGGGGGCAGGGCCACCUGUGUUCAUAUAUAUGGCGAGUGCCUCUCUCUCUCUAUAUAUAUAUAUUUGCAGAUCCAGUCCUCUGUAGUCCUCUGUGACGAGGGGGCCCAGGAGUCUGACCUUCCCCUCCAGCACAAUCCUCUCCUCUUGUGAGCCACGAGAGCAUUACCACGGGUUGCCAUGGCAAUGCUCCGGCAUGUUUGAUGAAGCAGUUUUUAUGUAGAUCAUGCUUUUGUAAUCUCCCUGCUCAAUUAUUUUCCAUAUAGGAGUCAAAUUAUUUUGUUUAUGCCGCCGUAGUUACAUCUCCUUGCAUGUAACUUGCACAGCAUUCCCAUACACUUCCUGACACCUAACCUAGUUAUUUUAGGUACCUGUAUUGCACAUUCUGUUUAAUCUAGAAUUUUUUUCAUUCAAGCAGUUAGUCUAAUGUUGUUUUCAUGCCUUAUAUCAUCUCUUUAGGUAUUACUGGUAUAAUUCACAAACAUUGAGUUAUGUUUUAAUUAGUUGUCUUAUUUAGAACAUGUAUUUAAAUCGUUUGCAGAACAACAUAUUCUGUAACACAAAGCUUCUAGAACUCAUUGAGGCUUAGGUCCAGUGUUGAAUUUCUGGCUGGUUAAACUGAGUUAUAGAACUUUUAUGACUGUUCCUUAAAGAGACACUAUAGGCACCAAAACAACUUUAGCUUAAAUAAAGGAAUUAAAAAAAGAAAGAGAACAUACUGCGCCAAAUAUGAAUUUUAACAAAGCAAGUAUAGGUAUAUACGUACACAAUAUUGUCAAUAUUAUUAUUAUUAUAAUGUUAUUAUUUAUGUAGCGCCAACAAAUUCCGCAGCGCUUUACAGUGGGUGGACGAACAGACAUUUAAUUGUAAACAAACAAGUUGGACAUACAGGAACAGAGGGGUUGAGGGCCCUGCUCAAUGAGCUUACAUGCUAGAGGGAGUGGGGUAAAGUGACACAAAAGGUAAGGAUAGUAUUAGACUAAUGACAGUUGCAAGAGUGGAAUCAGUCGGGAUCUAUUAACAGUUUAAUUGAUACACUUUUAUGAAGAAGUGGGUUUUUAACGAUUUUUUGAAGGAGUGGAGACUGGGUGAGCAUCUAACAGAGGAGGGAAGCGAGUUCCACAGGAACGGUGCAGCCCUCGAGUAGUCUUGAAGGCAAGCCUCUGAGGUGGGAGUACAGACAGAAGAUAGAUGUAAGUCUUCAGCAGAGCGUAAGGGCCUAGAUGGGACAUACUUGUGUAUUAGGGAGGAUAGAUAGGUGGGAGCAGCAUUAUGUAGAGAUUUGAAAGCAAGAACUAGAAUUUUAAAUUGAGCCCUAUAUCUUACAAGAAGCCAAUGUAGGGACUGACAGAAGGGUGAGGCGUGGGAGGUGUGGGCGGCCAGGAAGACGAGCCUUGCCGUCGCAUUCAUUAUGGACUGUAGCGGCGCAAGUUGGGAGCACAUAAGACCACUGAGAAGCGAAUUACAGUAGUCAAGGCGAGAAAGGACAGUGGAAUGGACCAACACCUUAGUCGCAUCUGGCGUUAAGUAGGGUCGGAUGCGCACAAUGUUUUGAGAUGGAAACUACAGGAUUUGGUGAUAGACUGAACAUGUGGCGUGAAGGAGAGGUCGGAGUCAAAGAGAACACCUAUGCAGCAAGCCUGUGUGGUGGAGCUGAUGGUAGCACCAUUGAGUUGGAGGGAGACAGACACAGGAGUAGCAACACUUGAGGGAGGAAAGACCAGAAUUUCAGUUUUGGUCAAGUUGAGUUUAACCCCUUAAGGAUACAUGACAUGUGUGAAAUGUCAUGAUUCCCUUUUAUUUCAGAAGUUUGGUCCUUAAGGGGUUAAGAAAGUGGGCAGCCAUCCAGUUAGAAUUAGCAGAGAGGCAGUCAGAGACACUAGUCAAGAGGGACAGGGAGAGAUCAGGAGAGGACAGGUAGAUUUGUGUGUCAUCUGCUUAGAAAUGAUAUUGGAAGCCAAAGGAGCUAAUGAGUUUAUCAAGGAAUGCAGUAUAGAUAGAGAACAGUAGGGGAUGAGCAACAGUGUCAAAAGCCGCAGACAGGUCAAGGAGAAUUAUGAUAGAGUAGUGACCAUGAGAUUUUGCAGCGAGUAGAUCAUUAGAUACUUUGAGUCAAGGUUGGGCUUCUUUAGAAUUGGGGUUACAGUUGCAUGUUUGAAGGGUGAUGGAAAUAUGCCAGAGGAGUGAGAGAGAUUGAGAAUUUUAGUGAGAGGUGGAGAAAGAGAAGAAGACAGAGUAUGGAUGAGAUGUGAGGGAAUUGGAUCUAGGGAGUAGGUGGUGAGGCGGGAGGACUGGAGCAGAGCAGAGACCUCUACCACUUUAGCAGGUGCAAAUGAACAUAGAACAGCAGAGGUAGUGAGGUCAGGGGAAGUAUUGUAAGGGGAAGAAGAAAGAUGAGAGAUCUCUUCCCUGAUUGUAGAGAUCUUGUCAGUGAAGUGAGUUGCAAAGUCUGAGGCGGUCAAGUUAGUAGGUGGAGGAGUAACAGCAGGGCGAAGAAGAGAGUUAAAUGUGUGAAAUAGUCGUUUGGGUUCGCGGGAGAGUGUGGUUAUGAGGGUAUUGAAGUAAUUUACUUUUGCAGAGGAAAGAGCCAAGCUGUAUGAGCUCAGCAUAAAUUUAUAGUGGAGAAAGUCAGAUGCACAGUGAGACUUUCUCCAACAGCGUUCAGCAGUUCUGGAGCAUUUUUGGAGGUAUCGAGUCAGCUUUGUUUGCCAAAGUUGUUGUUGGGGGGCUGCUGCAUUUAAAUGUAGGAGGUGCCAUGAUGUCUAGUUGAGAGGAGAGGGUGGAAUUGUAGAAGGAGGUUGCAGAGCUAGGACAGGUGAGGUUUAAAGAAGAGUUUGGAGAUUAAUGGUGAAAUGCUCUAGGUCAAGACAUUGGAGGUUUCUGUGAGAUUUAUGUUCAGAAGGUGUCAAUUGGGUCUUAGGUAUGCUGAUGUCAAAAGUCAGCAGAUGGUGGUCAGGUCAAGAAAAAUGAAUAUUGGAAAGAUUAGAGGUGGUACAGAGAUUGGUGAAGGCGAGAUCAAGAGUGUUUCCCGCUGUAUGGAUGAAGGGUGAUGGAAAUAUGGCAAUGCUCCGGCAUGCUUGAUGAAGCAGUUUUUAUGUAGAUCAUGCUUUUGUAAUCUCCCUGCUCAAUUAUUUUCCAUAUAGGAGUCAAAUUAUUUUGUUUAUGCAGCUGUAGUUACAUCUCCUUGCAUGUGACUUGCACAGCAUUCCCAUAUACUUCCUGACACCUAACCUAGUUAUUUUAGGUACCUGUAUUGCACAUUCUGUUUAAUCUAGAAUUUUUAAAUUCAAGCAGUUAGUCACUGACAUAGGGUGAUUAGAGCUGCAUAAACAGAAACAAAAGUGAUUUAAAUCCUACAUGACAGAGAAUUGAGCAAUUGAGAAUACAGGGGCAUUAUAUAUACACCAGCAUUGCUUCAUUAAGCUAAUGUUGUUUUCAUGCCUUAUAGCAUCUCUUUAGGCAUUACUGGUAUAAUUAAAUUGGACCACUGCGUAAGGCCAGAGGGGGAGGUUACAGAAAGCAGACGAGAGGUAUCAGUGCAAUUGAGGUUGUUGAUUGGGAUAUUGAAAUCCCCAAGUAUAAGUGAAGGAGUGCUAGAACAGAGGAAGUGGGGAAGCCAGUAAGAAAAGUGCUCAAUGAAUAGUCUAGGAUAACCGUAGGGGCAGUAGAUGAUAGCAGUUCUUGAAGGAGUGGAUUUAAAUAGGCGGACAGUAUGAACUUCAAAAAAAGAGAAGGAUUAGGACUGGUUGAAAGGUACAUUGAGGGGAAAGAAGGAUGCCUACACCACCUCCUUUACAGUUGAGUCUUGGAGUGUGAGAGAAUUGUAGCCCACCGAAAGAGGCAGGAGUAGCGCCUCUUACAGCAGUAUUGGGGUUUCAAAGUUUGGAAAUCAGGCUGUUAAAUAAAGAAAUGUGAGGGUCCGAUAGGCUUGCAAUAAAGCUGAGGGAGGGGGAAACGUAUCUAGGCACAGAGGUGAAGGGAUGGUUAUAAAAUGGCUUAAAUAAGAAUAUGAAAAAAAGUCCUCAAGAGAAAGUCUUUAUGGUACUAAUAUAAAAACCUGCUGGAUAUAGUAUUUUUUGGAGGUCAAUCUGUUGUCCUCCGUGCUUAAUAAAUAAUCAGAUCUUACGGUAUAGAUGAGGCGUUUUCUUAACGUUGUCCCAUAUGAAAUGGAAACACAAAAAGACACCAAUAAUGUAAACGCAAUAUACACAGUGUCCUAGAUAAUGUAAUGGUAAAAAUCUUGGAUUGCUGGACUAUCCAAGUUACAGACUUUAUCUUGCUGCCUUUGGAGUUAGCGCUGUAUCUCCCCCUUUUUGUACAAUUAACACAUUAACUCUGGACACAUAAAGCACGUAAUCUUGCUGUCUGUCAUUUCCCUUAACAGUUUAUAAAGGUGCAAAGUUCAACAGAAAUGAUCACUUUUAUUACUUGGUUGAGAAACACCUUCCUGGUUGUUACUUAAACAACCAGGAAUGAUUUCUUAUGCUUCUCUUUAGGUCACAGAGCUAACAUAAGUUGGAGGUGCCCUAAUCUAGCGCAUUCCUGCCUUCCCUCCUUCAAUGAGCUAUAUUGCAGCUCACUGAAAAGCACUAAAAAGCCACAAGUGCCUUCACAAAAAUCAUGGCUGUCCUGAUAAGCCAAGGACUGUUGGGAUGAAUGCCUUGCACAUGAUAAAAAUAUCACAAUUGUCCAUGUUUUCUGGCAUAUUACGCCAUGGAGGAACAUGUGCUGUGGACAAAAAGAAUCAGAUCAGAAAAUCUACCUUUCCCUCUGCUCUGGGUGCAGCCAUGGGAGUGGGCAUGUCCUCUUGAAGUUAAUAACCCCACAAGUGACAGUUCCACUGUAAUAAUUAUUAUCACAGUGUAUAUUUUUAAAGAGAAGCUUGCACUUCAUGUAAAAUAGAAGUUAACCUUAAAGAAACACUAUAGUAAUAGGAAUACACAGCUGAUGCUGAAGAUAAAAUCAUCAUAGUUUCUCUAAAACUGCAAUGUUUUCACCUGCAGGGUUAGGGUGAUAAGGACACUACUCUAAGUCAAUUUCAUUACGUAAAGUGGUCUGAGUGCCUAUAGUGUCCCUUUAAGGCCUCAGUUUAAUUAUUUUUAUUAUAAUUUGAAAAGCUUAUCCAACAUAUUAUUAUUAUUACUGGCAUUUAUAAAUUGCCCACAAAUUCCACAGCGCUGAACAAUUGUGAAAAAGACAAUACAGUACAUACAGACCAAUACAAACGGUAGAGGGCCCUGUCUCUGAGCUUACAAUCUAAGUAAUUUGAGGCCUAAGUUAGGUGUAGCUGAGCAACAGCUAGAUAUAUUUGGCACUCAUGGUGUAAAAGUUAAAAUAUGUGUACCGCGAUUUAUAAUGAGUAUGCUAAAUAUUUUUUUUGUAUACUCUGCAAAACCAGAAACCUCUCAGCAACAAGAGGCUGAAAAGAGUCAUCAAGAACACAAUAAAGGCCAUGAAGAAAAUAAACACUCUGAAGAGCGUACAAUGUCUGGCCAACACUACGCUGAGGAACGCAGAGACACCCAAGACCAUCAUAAAGAACCAAAAGAAAACAAGAAAACUAACCAAGAACAACCACAGGAAUUGAGGCACAACCAGAAUAAUAAAGAGGAACAAAACAAGGGCAUCCAACAACCUCUUCAGGAACAAAGCAAGUAUCAAAAAGCACAUAACCAAGAUCAAAACAAAGUUGACCAACAACACCAUCAGGAGCAAGACCGAAGCAAAGGUAACCAAAAACACAGCCACGAUCAAAAAGAACAUUCCCAGGACCCAAAUAAGUAUUACCAACAGCAUUCCCAGGAACACAGAGAAGUUAAAAAAGAACAUAACCAAAAUAAAGGUGACCAGCAACAAUCCCAGAUACACAACGAGAAUCAAGAAAAGCAUUUCCAAGACCAAAACAAGGGCAACCAACAAAAGCUCCAGGGUCACAACCAGGACCAAAAAGACAGUUUCCAGGACCAAAACAAAGGUAAUCAACACCCACAGGAGCACAACCAUGGUCAAAAAGAACAGUUCCAGAACCAAAACAAGGGUAACCAACAACAUUCACAGGAGCAUAGACAAGAUCAAAAAGAACAUUCUCUGGCAGAAAAAAAAGAUAACCAACAAUCCCAGGAGCACAACCAGAGCCAAAAACAACGUUCACAGGGCCAACAUACAGAUAAUCAACAACAUUCCCAGGAAAACAAAAAGGAUCAAAAAGAACAUAACCAAGAUCAAAACAAUGGUAACCAACAACAGCAUCAGGAGCACAACCAGGAUCAAAAAGAACGUUCCAAGAACCAAAACCAAGAUAAGCAACAACAUCGUCAGGAGGACAACCAAGAUCAAAAGGAACAGUCCCAAAACCGACAACAUUCCCAGGAGCAUGGACAAGAUCAAAAACAACAUUCAUGGGCACAAAACACAGAUAGCCAGCAAUUCCAGGAGCACAACCAGAGUCAAAAGCAACACUCACAGGAUCAAAGUAAAGAUAACCAACAAUCCCAGGAGCACAACCAGAGCCAAAAACAACGUUCACAGGGCCAACAUACAGAUAAUCAACAACAUUCCCAGGAAAACAAAAAGGAUCAAAAAGAACAUAACCAAGAUCAAAACAAUGGUAACCAACAACAGCAUCAGGAGCACAACCAGGAUCAAAAAGAACGUUCCAAGAACCAAAACCAAGAUAAGCAACAACAUCGUCAGGAGGACAACCAAGAUCAAAAGGAACAGUCCCAAAACCGACAACAUUCCCAGGAGCAUGGACAAGAUCAAAAACAACAUUCAUGGGCACAAAACACAGAUAGCCAGCAAUUCCAGGAGCACAACCAGAGUCAAAAGCAACACUCACAGGAUCAAAGUAAAGAUAAUCAACAACAUCCCCAGGAACACAAAAUGGAUCAAAAAGAACAUAACCAAGAACAAAAUAAUGGUAACCAACAACAUCAUCAGGAGCACAACCAGGAUCAAAAAGAAAAAUCCCAGGACCAAAACAAAGAUAAUCAACACCCCCAAGAGCACAACCAGGAUCAAAAAGAAUAUUCCCAGAAUCAAAACAAGGGUAGCCAACAACAUUACCAGGAACACAGACAAGAUCAAAGAGGACAUUCUCAGGAACAAAACAAAGACAAUUUACACUCAGAGGAACAAAACCAGAGUCAAAAACAACAUUCACAGGUGCAAAAUAAGGAUAACCGACAACAUUCCCAGGAACACAGAAAUGAUCAAAAAGAACAUAACCAAGAUCAAAACAAAGGUAACCAGCAACAACCCCAGGAACAUAACCAAAAUCAAAAAGAACAAGCAAAGACUCAAGACCCAAGCAAAGGUAACCAACAACAGUCACAGGGUCACAACCAGGAUCAAAGAGAACGCUCCCAAGACCAAAACAAAGGUAAUCAGCACCCUCAAGAGCAUAGUCAGGAUCAAAAAGAAUAUUUCCAGAACCAAAACCAAAGUAGCAAAGAGCAUACACAGGAACCCAACCAUGAUCAGAAAGCACAUUUCCAGCACCAAAACAAAGGUAACCAGCAACAAUCCCAGGAGCACAACCAGGAUCAAAAACGACACUCCCAGCACCAAAACCAAGGUAACCAGCAACAAUCCCAGGAGCACAACCAGGAUCAAAAAGGACUAUCCCAGCACCAAAACGAAGGUAACCAGCAACAAUCCCAGGAGCACAACCAGGAUCAAAAACGACUCUCCCAGCAUCAAAACCAAGGUAACCAGCAACAAUCCCAGGAGCACAACCAGGAUCAAAAACGACUCUCCCAGCACCAAAACCAAGGUAACCAGCAACAAUCCCAGGAGCACAACCAGGAUCAAAAAGGACUAUCCCAGCACCAAAACGAAGGUAACCAGCAACAAUCCCAGGAGCACAACCAGGAUCAAAAACGACUCUCCCAGCAUCAAAACCAAGGUAACCAGCAACAAUCCCAGGAGCACAACCAGGAUCAAAAACGACUCUCCCAGCACCAAAACCAAGGUAACCAGCAACAAUCCCAGGAGCACAACCAGGAUCAAAAAGGACUAUCCCAGCACCAAAACCAAGGUAACCAGCAACAAUCACAGGAGCACAACCAGGAUCAAAAAGGACAUUCUCAGCACCAAAACCAAGGUAACUGAUAACAUGAACAAUAAGCACUUAUAUCAUAUCCUCACCACAUUCACAUACUGGACCCAAGUGGGGACUAGAAAGCAGUCUGGUCAGAGAAGAAUCUGCAUCCCUGCCAGCUGAACACAGGAGACAAGUCAAAGAUAGAUGGAGACACUUCAAAGGGAGAAAUGAGAUAGAAGGAGAUGUUUAAAGGAUACAAGUGGUGAUGAGACAGAAGGAAAGAGACAAAUAGGCGUUAUGAUACAAAGAGAGACACAUGGAGAUAAGAUACAGGGAUAUACACUUUGGAGGUGAGAUACAGAGAGAGACACAUGGUAAAAUUCAGGGAGAUACACUGUGGAGAGACACAAGUGGCAAGCUACAGGGAGAGACACAAAUGUUGAGUGAGAUACUGCGUGAGACAAAAGGUAGGUGAGAUACAUAGUGAAAAAUACAAAGGUGAAACAGAGAAAUAAAUAUUAGUGGAGGAGGUAACUAUACCACACACACACACACACACACACACAAUUAACUUGAUGGUUGCAUGUCUCUUUUCAGCUAUGUAACAAUAUACUGACACUAUGCAUCAUUUCAUCACUCUGAGACAGAAUUUAUGUUUAUCUUCACACAGCUUCAAAUGCAUCCCUGCUACUACACACCCAUUAACUCUGCUGAAAAAAAUCCACAUCCCUGCAUUCUCAUACUCCUGCAUUCUCACACUCCACAUACAUACACCCCAGCAUUCAAACACACAUACACUGCACACAAAUACAACCCUGCAUUAACACAUAUAACACUUUCAUCCUAGAUACAAAUAUGUACCCACACUCACUCCAACAAUACACAUACUCAAACAUUCAUUCAGAAACAUACCUUCAUACCAUGUGCAAACAAACAAAUACACACAAGGGUUAAUUUACUGAGUCAAGAUUUGUGGGGGACUGGCAAACACACUGAAGACCAAACUAGUCAAACUGAAGAAUGCUCCGUCUCAGCAAUUUUUCAAUGCAGGGCUUGUGCUUCAAGUUUUCCUUUUUUUGGUCUAUUCUUAGAUAAACUUUGAAAAUGAUUUCUCAAAAUAUUAAAGUAUCAAAAAAUAUAUUAUAUAUAAACAAAUAUUUCAAUAUAUAAUAUUUUAAAAAUAUAUUAAAAAAAUUUAAAAAUAUUGAAUCAUAUUAAAACUUUAUCCAAAAACAUGAAAUAAUAUAAACACUUAUGCAAAAAUAAUUAAAUUGAUGCCUAAGGCCAUGAUUUAAUAUUUUGGAAAAGCUUUUCAAAUUAUUGAAUACUUUUGAAUAAACUUUUAAAAUAUAUAUAUUUUUAAACAUUAAAAUAUCAACAAAUAUAAUAUAUAUAUAUAUAUACAUAUAUAUAUAUAUAUAUAUAAUAUAUAUAUAAAUAUAUGUGUAAAACAAUAUCAAUACAUUAAAAUAUUUUUUUAAAUAUUAUGUUGUUGUACAAGCUAAUAAAAAAAAAAAAGAAAUAAUUUGAAGAGCUUAUCCAAAAAUAUGUAUAUAAUUAUGAAUAUGGGUGUGUUUACUGGACAUGAAAGUGACCCCAGGACAAACAUAGUCCAUCCCUGUCUUUUUCCAUACCUGCCCAAGUCUCACCACCUAUUGGUAUGGUGUGGCCCAGAGUCAGGAGGCUGCCAAUACAUUACUGUCAUCCCAUUGGUGGUUCUGGGCAUAAACAGCAACACCAGGGAUACAUUGCAAAGUGACACGAUAAAAAAAAUUAAUUAGCUGUUAAAAAAACUAAGCAGGCAACAGCAGGAAACUAGAAUGUCUCCUUAGAGAUAUAGCAGACUUAAAAAACAAAACAAAAAAAACAACAACAGACAAAUGAAAAAAAAAAAAACAUUGAUUGCUAUAACAUAUCAUUAUGUAAAAUACUAGAACUCUCUGUUUAGGUAUGAAUUAGAGAAGGUUGUUUUAUAUUGUAUGUUUAUUCAUGUAUUUAUUUUUUUACAGGCCUUACUACAGAUCGUACCUCUGAAGGGAUUAAACAUGGGAAUAAAUAAAUUUUUAAUGCUGUAUCGAUUUCUUUACAAUUAUGACCAAAUGCCCUGCAUACAUAUCUCCAGUAAUAAACCCUGGUAUGUUCUAUAUUAAAAUUAUUUUAAACAAUUUCUUCCUUAAAACAAUAUACUCUCUUUAUGAUUUUAAUGAUAAUAUUUGUAAAUAGUGCUUUUCUCUUAAAGUAUUUUAGUACUGUUUGUCUGUCAAAUCUAUUGCAUUAAACAUUAUUCGAG